AUGAAUAUUGAAGUUCUCUCUAAAGAGACAAUCAAAGCAUCAUCUCCAACACCCAAACACCUCAGAAACCUUAAACUCUCUUUCUUAGACCAACUUGCAAGUCGAACUUAUGUCCCCACCAUAUUCUUCUAUGAUCAUGCUGCUGAUACCAAUUCACACGGUAAUGAUGAUCAUUUGGAAAGAUCAAACCAGCUCAAGAAGUCUCUAGGAGAAUGCUUGAGUCGCUAUUACCCGUUGGCGGGGACAAUCCGGGAAGAUUUCUCAGUUGACUGCAACAAUGAAGGUGCCAAGUAUAUUGAAGCCCGGGUGCGCUGCAAGCUUUCUGAAUCUAUUGGGAAACCGAAUGUGGAGUUGUUCAACCAGUUGCUACCAUUUGAUCCAUAUGGUAAUGUGAUUGGAUGUAGAGAAGCACUCGUAGGCGUUCAAUUCAAUAUAUUUGAUUGCGGAGGAGUGGCAAUUGGUGUGUGUGUUUCACACAAGAUCGCUGAUGCUGCUUCUGUGGCUACAUUUGUUAACGCUUGGGCAACUAUUUCCAGAGGUUUUUGUAGCAGUGAAGCUGAUGAUGAGGAACAACAUCCCAUUUUCAACGCAGCAAUGCUAUUCCCACCGAGAGAUAUGCCAGGAUUGAAGCGCGAGACAGAGACGAGAAAUGAGAAGAUCGUGACCAAAAUGUUUGUGUUUGACAAACUUAACAUUGUUGCCCUCAAAGAAUGUGCAUCAUCAUCUUGUGUCGGUGUGCUAAAGUACUCUCCAACUAGCGUUCAGACGUGCGUUGCAGUUCAUGUAGUGAACUUGCGGGACAAGAUGGUACCACCAUUGCCGAAUCAUGUCUUUGGAAAUCUUUGGCAAACUGUAAUGGCACCAACAAUGGUAGAUGGCGACAAAGAUUUAGGUGCCUUGGCAAGCUUGAUAGGGAGUGCUGUAAGGGAAAUCAAUGACGACCAUGUGAGAAGGGUAAAAGUGGAUGAUGGUAAUUCUAUGCGUUCAUCCAAAAACAUGCGUGAACUAUAUUUAAAGGGUGAGAUAGAGGCCCUUGGCUUCAGUAGUUGGUGUGGAUUUCCCUUUUAUGAGGUUGAUUUUGGGUGGGGCAAGCCUACAUGGGUGUGCACUCCCAAUAGUCCCUAUAAAAAUUUCACUAUUUUGAUGAACACCAAACAAGGGGAUGGAAUUGAGGCAUGGGUGAACCUGUUGGAAGAAGACAUGGCUAUCUUCGAACGUGACCUAGACCUACUCUCAUUUGUUUCCUCCGUACACUAG